CGCAGAAUACGCAAUCUAAUAAUUGGGAAUGGGUCCGACAGCUGUCCGGUUAAGGGCGUUGAAAGAAAAAUUGCGUUGCAUGUCAGCCGAAUUCAUCCGAAAACGAAAUUAUAAAAGAAGAGUUCUACCGACAUCGACACAGCCUUCCAGCCUAAUCUAAUACUGCUUAAUGUUCAAUGCUUAAAUAUUGACAAAGUCAAUCAGCU